GUUCUGUAGAGAGGCACAGUGUGGUGGGCAAGAGCAGCCCUAAAGCUGAACCCAUACCCUGGGCUGGACUGUGGAUCUGACUUGGGCCACUUGCUCUGCUGCUUGAAGAUAAUACUUGUUCUUCGUAGUAUAUCUCCCUGGAUAACAACAAAAUCCUGAAGUAGCGCGGAGCCAUGGCUAUCCUGUUCGCUGUGGUGGCGAGGGGCACAACCAUCCUCGCCAAGCACGCCUGGUGUGGGGGAAACUUCCUGGAGGUGACGGAGCAGAUCCUGGCGAAAAUACCGUCUGAAAACAACAAGCUGACCUAUUCACAUGGGAAUUAUCUGUUCCAUUACAUCUGCCAAGACAGGAUCAUAUACCUCUGCAUCACAGAUGAUGACUUCGAACGAUCCAGAGCCUUCAGCUUCCUGAACGAAAUCAAGAAGAGGUUUCAGACCACGUAUGGCUCAAGAGCGCAGACAGCCCUUCCCUAUGCAAUGAACAGCGAGUUCUCCAGUGUCCUAGCCGCACAGCUGAAAUACCACUCGGAGAGCAAGGGCACUGACCAGGUGGCAGAGACGCAAGCUCAAAUCGACGAACUUAAAGGAAUCAUGGUUCGAAACAUAGACCUUGUGGCACAAAGAGGAGAGAAGCUGGAGUUGCUGAUCGAUAAAACAGAGAAUCUUGUGGAUUCGUCAGUCACAUUCAAAACUACCAGCAGGAACCUUGCUAGAGCCAUGUGUAUGAAGAACCUCAAGCUGACCAUCGUCCUCAUCAUCGUAUCAAUUGUGAUCAUGUACAUCGUCCUGUCGGCCGCCUGUGGUGGGCUGGCGUGGCCGAGCUGCGUGCAGAAGUAACUGGAGGCGGCUGGUGCUGGUCACUUGGAGAUGAGAAUCACAGGAGUCUGAAGAAGCAACCUACAGAAUAACUCUUAAUCUUUCACUACUGACACCUUCUCAUUCUUCCAUCCCUCCAGGACUUCAGACUUGUUUGCCUUACCACCCCAACCAGGCCCAGCUGGUCACUGUGCAGCUGGAACCUCAAGAACGGGCUGGUUUAAAUUACUUGAAGGGAUUUUUUGUUUGUUUGUUCCUUUUUCUGUCCCAACUACAACCGUCUCAGCUGGGCAGGCGCUGUGUCUCCCUCCGGAGGGUUCCGUGCAUGCUGGCCUUGUGUCCGUGUAGCUUUGCACUUGGGUGUGAGCGUGCGAGGGCAGAGCAGCGCUGCUGGAAACUGUCCUGGCGGGGGGAGGACGAGAUGGCUGUACGUGAAUUUCCACUUUUUACAGCUCCCUACACCUCCAGCCUCUUGUGGUUUCAACACGUCUGGGUUGUCGGUGUAACACUGGUGGUAACAAAAAGAACGGCUUUUGAGCCGGGGCUUUACACGCUGUGAGGUGCGAGCGCCGCUUCUGUAUGAAACCCCCAUUUCCUGGAGGGUUUUCUGUAGGUGGCAGUAAGGGUGUUGGGUCACCUCAGCAUUUUGAAACGGCUGCCUCUUCAUCCUCACUUCUUCCUCAUCUCCUCCCCCUUAAUUUGUGGCUUAAACAGUAAAGGAGAUGGUUGCAUAUAGUUAAGGUUGCAGUAAUGUAUCUGCUUUCUCACGUUAUUUCUCCUGUUCUUCUUUUGAGGGUGGACUAAAAGGAAUUACUAAUGUUAUCACUUGUUAAAGUGAAACUGGGGGCCAGUGAGGUGUCAGGUGUCUGCUGCUUGUGCUUCCACUCUGAAGGUGUGUGCUAAAAUCGGGACGAAGGACGGACAGAGGUUGGAGCUGGUGGCCGGGCUGUGUGGUUGGAAGAAGAAAGGCCCUUUCAGAGGAUGCAGUAACAGGCAAAGAAAACAAAACCAAACCCAAGGCUAAUAACCAAAUGUGGGGGCAGGUUUGCUGAGGCUGUGCAGCUCAGGAGCUGCCUGUCCAUCUGUCCCAGCUGGACAUCCAAGCUGGCAGGCCAGGCCUGGCUUAUGGAGCUAAGCUGUUGUUGCCUAGGGUGAGGGGUGGAGGGACUUUUCUUGGAUCUUACAGGCUUGUUUCUAAGAGAAAAAGACAGAAACAACAGAAAUUGCAUAAAAGCAUCAGAUGAUCUAUAAAGAUGCAUCUUUUUGGCCCAGGGAAGUGGCUUCUACUGGUGGCUGGAAGCUCUUGAGGUAGAGGAAGGGGAGGCUUAACCUGGGACUAAACUCGAGCGCUUGCUUGGUGCCGUGGGCUCCUGGCAACACAGGCUGGAUGUGGAACUGCUGCUCCUCCGCCUGCUUCUCUUGGUGUAUGUUAACUGACCACAGAGCUUUCCAGCAGAUAAAAGAGUUCUAUAAACUGUGUGCUUAUUUGGAGUUUCAGAUGAAAUUUAACUAAGGGUAAUCAGAUCUGGAUAUCCAGGUGUCAGCGGUUCUGCUCAGCACUGCGGUCACUGGCAUCUCUCUGCAUUUGUGUGACUCGAAUGUAAAAUUGAAAGAUUCCCUUCCUCUGACCUCCUGCUCUUGCAGCUGCCCACAGUUCCGUGUACAACUGUGCAUGUUUUAGGGAGUGUUGAUGUUACUGUGUUAAUUUCUAUGAUUUGUUGUCUUAUGUACAAAUACUUUUUAAAGAAAGUUACUUCCUUGCCUUUUAAAGGAUGCACUGAGGCAUUAGUGUAAAAACAAAGUUAACUUGAUUUAAAUAAAAUUCCUGUACAGAAA